CAUUCCAUCUACGGUCACACUGCAGUUGCAAUGCAAUUUUCUAUUGUACAUUCUGCGGAAAAAAGUAUCAAAAUUAACGAAUUAGCGAAGUAGGCUGCAAUAAAUAGCAAAAGACGCAAUGGAGGCCGUUCCACGUUUGCACAUGCUAUGGUUUGCCCUCAAAUCUAGCCCGGAAGGCACAUCUUUUGCGCCAUUAAAAAAGUACAUAGCAGAGUUUUACCAUGAAGAUCCGGAGGCCUUUUCGAAAGAGGUUCACGCCUUGGAAACUCUACGCAACCAGGCAAUGCGUACGACGAAAGACGGAGCUCCCAUCAUGAAGCGAUAUUAUUGCCAGCUACAUGCACUGCAGAAUCGGUUUCCUCAGCUCGCGGAGCGCAGCAUCUUCACAUUCACCUGGAAGGAUCUCUAUCACAAUACCGUGCAUGAGGUGAGCGAUUUGCGCUACGAGCGCGCCGCUGUUCUCUUCAACAUCGCCGCCUCCCACACACAGUCUGGCGCCUCGGUGACGCGCGGCGACAUCGAUGGCAUGAAAAUGGCCUGCACGCAUUUUCAGGCCGCUGCUUGGGCCUACAAUGAGUUGAGGGAGCGCUAUGCGAAUGUGAAUAGCGGCACGGAUUUUAUGACCAACGAGCUGUUGGUCUUCCAGCAGCAGGUGUGCCUGGCUCAGGCCCAGGAAUGCAUACUGGAGAAGUCGCUGAUAGACAAUCGCAAGCCCCAUAUUGUUGCUAAAGUGACGGCACAAAUUGUUGUUUACUAUGGCGCCGCUUUGGCUGCGCUGCUCACGGGCGGUGACGAUGGACCCAUCGCUCAGGUCAUCGAGAGCUCCGUCUAUAAGCUGUGGAAGAAAUAUGUGAAAUUCAAGAUUAACUAUCUAAACUGCAUAUUGUAUUUGUAUCGUGGCCAGCAGGCGGAGGAACAGCGUAAAAUGGGCGAACGUCUGACGCUCUACCAGGCCGCCUGGGAUAAGCUGGAGGAAGCUCGUAAAGAGUCUAAGGGUCUGCCGGAUCAAAAGGAAAUCAAUGAAUCGCUCAGCUUCACCGCCGACGUGGUCGAGGGCAAGCGCAAGAAUGCCAAAAACGAGAACGAAUUCAUCUACCAUGAGGCGGUGCCAGAGCUGUCCACCAUUCCCGCCGUUCAGGGCGCAAAUCUGGUCAAUGGCAUUGGCUUCUCGGUCACAGAUGAGGAAUAUGCAGGCACCGAUAUAUUUGCUCGGCUGGUGCCAAUGAAGGCGCACGAAGCCAGCUCCAUGUACAGCGAGGAGAAGGCGAAAUUGUUGCGGAAAUAUGGCGCCUUGCUGGAGGAGAAAGAUGCCCAGCUGGAUAGCUACAUGAGCUCGCUGACCCUCGAUAAUCUCAACAUCAACGAGGAGCAGGCGAAUAAGCUGCCGCAGGGCAUUGUCGAUCGCUGUGCCGCGCUGCAUGCCAAUAAGACGGCCAUCAGUGAUCUGAUUGAGGCCAUGUCGCAGCUGGCUGAGAUCACAGCCGAUGUGGAGACCAAUCUGAGUGAGCUGACGCGUAUGCUGGAGGCAGAAGCGCAAGCGGAACGGGAAUUUCAAGCUGCGAGCGGCGUGCAGCGUACGCCCAAUGCUCACAUUACGGAACUGACGCGAGAAUUCCAGAAAUAUAGCGAAGCGCAUGCCCGAGCCGGCGAAUCGAACAACACGCUCCGCAAGGCGAUGAGCUUGCAUGUCAAUAACCUGAAAAUCUUGGCACGGCCGUUGCAAGAAAUACAACAGCUGAUGCCGAAGCUUAGCUCGGAGCUGAACACCACGGAGAUCUUCAAGGACGUAAAGCUGAUCGUGAACAAGGUGAACGAGAUGAAGGCGCAGCGCGCCCAAUUCCAUGCGGAUUUGCGCAUUGCCAUCAACGAGGAUGACAUUACCACCAAGGUGAUUGCCCAUGGCGGCCAGGAAGGUCUGCAGGCGCUCUUUGCCACGGAGCUGGCCAAGCACGAUCGCCUCACCCAGCUGCUCGAUCAGAAUAUGCUGGCCCAGCAGAACAUACUGCAAGCUCUCACCGAGGCCUAUGCGCGUGCCGCACCCGUGCUGAAGACGCUGCAGGACGUGAAGCAGAAACGCGAACAUUUCUACAGCUCACUCGCCGCCUCCUAUGAUGUCUACGAGGAUCUGCUGGCCAAGUCGGCCAAGGGCCUGGAGUUCUAUAAGAAGCUGGCAGGCAAUGUCCAAAAACUUCUGACACGCUUCAAGUCCGCCCGGGAUGUGCAGUCCGAGGAACGGCAGCAGCGCCUGCAGAGUGUCAAGGCGCCAGCUCCGAGCAAGCCAGAAAUUACGCCCACGCCAUCCAGCGGGGCACCCAAACUUCGUGAUUAUCUAAAGGCCAAGCAGAGUGGUUUGGGUGCCAUCCCAGGCACUCUUGAUGCCACGCCCUAUGUGCCCACGGUGCGCCCGGUGCCCGUUGGCUCGGAGAACCCGACACAGGCGGCCUGCUCGGCCUACGCCACCGCACCGCCACCCAAUGAGCCGCCGCCGCCCUACAGCCUACAGCACCAGCAAUACUAUGAUCCCAAUGGCGCGGGUUAUACAAAUCCCAUAUAUCAGCAGCAACAGCAGCACAUCGCUCCGCCCGCCUACAAGGCACAGGCCUCGCCCAACUCCCAAUCGCUACAUAGUGCCAUGGCACAGCUCAGCAUGCAAUCGCAGCAUCAACAGCAAUCGGAGCCUCCAGUAGCAUCCUAUGGCCAACAAACACCAUUGCCGUAUGGCUACAAUUAUCCACUAGCCAAUGCCGCGCCUGGUGGGUCCUCUGCUUCACAGAAUUACAACUAUCAGCAGCCGCUCUAUAUGGCUACAUCCACGCAGCCUGGCGAGACUUUGAGCUAUGCGCAGCCUCAGCCGCAACAGCCACAGAGUGUAGGCUAUGCUCCGCAGUCGACUCAGCAGUCUGCUUACCCGGCAGUUGGUGCUGCCACGCCACAGCAGCAGCAACAAAUGUCUAUGUAUCCACAGCCAGCAGCGGGCUAUUCUCAGACGUCACAGACAUUGACUCAACCAGCAGUCAGUUAUCCGCAGACACAGACGGGAAGUUAUCCACAGACACAGACAUCUCAGCAACCAGGCACUUAUCCACAGAUGACGACAUCUCAACCCUCGGGAAGUUACCCGCAGACACAGACAUCUCAACAACCAGGCAGUUAUCCACAGACGCAGACGUCUCAGCAGGCAACCAAUUAUCCACAGACGCAGACACCUCAGCAACCAGUCAAUUAUUCGUCACCCCAUACUCCUCAACAAUCAGGCACUUAUCCACAGACGCAGACGCCCCAACAAGCAGGCAGUUAUCCUCAGUCUCUGACACCCCAACCUCAACAGGCAGCCAGUUAUCCGCAAUCUUCAACACCUCAACAGGCAGCCAGUUAUCCACAAGCUUUAAAUAGCCAACAGCCAGCCAGUUAUCCGCAGACACAGACAUCUCAACAGCCAACCAGUUAUCCGCAGACACAGACAUCUCAACAGCCAACCAGUUAUCCGCAGACACAGACAUCUCAACAGCCAACCAGUUAUCCGCAGACACAGACACCUCAACAGCCAGCCAGUUAUCCGCAAUCGAGCCAGCAGUCGCAAAUUGGAGCUUAUCCGGCGGCGACACCUCCACAGCCUGUGCUUUAUCCCUCGCAAGCAGCAGCUCAGCCCACGCCUACCGCCGCUUCAGCGCCCACACAAUACCCAGUGGGCAGCGCUGUCCCCGGCAUUGAGGCGAACAACUAUUUGGGCUACUCCAAUCAUCCGGGCUACAGCUUCAAUCCGCAGACAGGAUUAUUCGAGUACAGCAGCGGCUAUCAGCAUGACACCAAUAGCAUUCCAAAGGCCACGCAUGGCUUUGGCCAGUUCACACAAAGCGGACAGCAGGCGGCGGUUGUGGGCACCACAGACUCGGAGCAGGCCAAUCGCAGCAGCUUGGCCACGGGCUUUGAUUCGCCAAUUGUUUCACAUGCAAAGGCCACAAAUGAAGCGCAAGCGACAGGUCCAUCAGCUGAGGCUUAUUAUACGCCCCCAUAUGGCUAUCAUUCAUCUGGUGGAUCAAACACACUCCAACAACAGCAACAACAGCCACAACAGCAGCAGCAACAACCGCAGCAACAGCCACAGCAGCAGCAACCACAACAACAACCUGUUGCAACGGCUGGAGCCACCACAACCACCAACAAUCAAAAGUCAGCAAUUUAUAUGCAGAGCGGCGGCAGCAGCAUAGCCAACACCCAGACGACAACGAGCAGCGCUCCUUACGCCUCGUCCACAUUGCCGGCGGCAACCAAGCCCACAGCCUCUGAAGCUACCAAUGUGGAUUUGCUCAGUGAUCUGGAUUUGGACAGUGCGGGUGCUGUGCCGCUGCCGCUGCUGCAGCCGCAAAUUGUGACAACUCCAACGCCGCCGGCUUCGGUGGUUGGUUCAGUGGCUGCUGGCGACUCCUCAGCGGAUGCUGCGCCAGCAACAGCUGCCGUUGCUGAUGCUACGGCUGGACUCUCGCCCGUUGGCCCGCCCCCUUCUAUGGUUACGGCACUGCGCAAAAAUAGUAUUGACAAUCUUUCCAUUAACUCCGAUCUGAGUUCAUUGGAUAAUUUCGACUGGGAUUCCGUUUCCCUAACACAUUCCGUCAGCGAAAAGCAACCAACGGCAGCCAACGGACACACUCUAAUAACAUUCCAAAUGCGCUCUUAUGAUCCAUUCGGCGAUGAUAAGACGCUGAAAUACUUUCACAAGGAAGUCGAGAGCUAUGAGAAGCUCGUUGAGAAUCUGCACGUCAAGAUGCUGAAUGGCAACACGCAGCUGAGCAGCAAAUGGCUCGAGCUGCAGCAAAAGCUGGAGAAGGAUACGAGCGUGAAGCGAACGACGACCAUAGCUAAGCUGUUUCCCGAGAAAAAUCGCUCCCUCGACUGUCUGCCGUACGAUCAUGCGCGCGUCAAGCUGGACAAGCAGACGGAUGACUAUAUCAAUGCGGCUUACAUGAAGAGCCUCAGCGCCGGCUGUCCAAGCAUUAUUGUAGCCCAAACACCGCAAGCGAAUACAAUUAACGAUUUCUGGUCCAUGAUUUGGUCCGAAAAAUCACGUACUGUCCUUUGCCUGCACACAACCAACGAGCUCUUUGAUCCCUACUGGCCGCAGCUGCUUAAUCAGGCUGCUCAUUAUGAUGACUACACGGUGAACUGCAUUAAGAUACAGCAGCUCAGCCACUGUACGGAAUACCAGCUUAAGCUGUCAAUGCAUGGCGCCGAUGCUGUGCUCGACUUAUCCCUGCUACAGCUCAAGCAAUGGACCAAAGCUUCGCCCACUCAACUGUUGGGCAUAGCGCAGAAUGCAUUGCAGACGCAUCAGGAGCGCUGUCUAGAUGCCAAUACUCCCGCAUCCCCACUCAUUCUCAACUGCUUAACGGGCUCGGAAAGAUGUGAGCUGCUGGCAAUAGCCAUUUGUGCUCUAGUGGGCACCCAAAACAAGCGACCUAUUUUGAUAAAUGUUGUGGAUGUGUGGUCCCGCAUUUGUAUGCAGCGCCAAAAUUCGCUGCGGGAUGCUGCUAUAGUGGAGCAAUCGAUGCAAAUCGUCUUGAGCCAUGCUCAUGAAGUGCUAAAUAAACGUGGCAUCAUAACCUCAUAUCAGAUGAAAAUGGCACCUCAGGUGACGGCCAAGGAGCAGCAGGAGACCAAGGAUCCAUUGAACGAACUGGAUGCUCUAUGGAAAUUGAAAUAAACGACUGAACGUUUGCUACACAACGUUGCUUAAGGAAACUUAUUUAUACACAUUUUAAUCAAAAUGAUAAAGUCGAUAAUAUUUAUACAAUGCUAUUUACUGCAACUAUCAACUACCUAUACUAUAUUUAUACACGCAACUCAAUGAUUGUUGCAAACAAUUGAAGAGAACGAUUCGUUUCGAAGCUAAGGAAACAUUGUAUUUGUCCUGCUAUUACUGUUAUAUGAAAUGUAUUUCGAACUAUGGUGAUGUUUAUUAAUGCUGACUAUACCUAUAUCUAUAUAUAUAUAUCUGUAUCUGUAUCUGUACCUAUAUCUAAUCGAAAACGUUUACGAAACUCUCUGUAAAGAUGUUGCACAUCUAAAGGCAAAUUGUCAUCGAGUAAAAUAUUUAAUAAACGUUAUUAAAAAUA